AUGGCCGUCCAGUCAACACUUCGGCGUCCAGAAGAUCCCCUUCUGGCGCUGUAUCAACAUUACUCCGAUUUAGUACGCUCCAAGCUCCGCCGCACAUCCCAGACAACGCGCCUCAUUGCUACAAUAGCCCUGCUGCUCUCGAUCAUCAGCUCAGGGUAUGGAGGCUACAAAUGGCUGCGAGGGCGAGCAAAGGAACGAGCUCAGGGUCGCCGGCUUCUGCGCCGGAACUCGGGUAUCCGCGGUAAAGAUGGCUCCCGUACGAUCUAUGUGCCAUACAAGGGCACCAUGACCUCCAAGGUCUUGAUUCAUCCCACUAAACCAACCACAUUCGACGCCCACCGACGUCUAUUCCUCAAUCCCCCGGCAUCUGCCCGUAGCAAGGAUGACGGUUCGACGAGUCAGAUACCCCCGCCGACAACGAAACCAGGGUUGAACCUGGCAUUCCUGCAUCAGUUUUUGAGUCUUGGGAGUAUCAUGGUACCAAGAUGGGGAAGCAAAGAAACCGGGCUGCUGAUGAGUCAUGGGCUAUUUCUUCUGAUGCGAACAUAUCUCUCCUUGUUGAUUGCACGGCUCGAUGGUGAGAUUGUGAGAGACCUUGUCGCCGGCAAGGGGAAAGCUUUCCUUUGGGGUAUCGUUAAAUGGUGUGGAAUUGGAACACUUGCUUCAUACACAAACGCCAUGAUCAAGUUCCUCCAGUCAAAGGUGUCCAUCGCCUUCCGCACUCGACUGACAAGGUAUAUCCACGACCUGUACCUAACUGACAAUAACAACUACUACAAAUUGAUGAACCUGGACGGUGGGAUCGGUCAAGGUCCCGAUCAAUUCAUCACACAAGAUCUCACACUGUUCUGCUCAGCUGCCGCUUCAUUGUACUCCUCAAUGGGCAAGCCCUUGGUGGAUCUCUUUGUAUUCAACUACCAACUGUACCGCUCACUGGGCCCUUUGGCCUUGAGCGGUAUUCUGGCUGGAUACUUCAGCACAGCCGUGGUACUCCGGAAGCUAUCACCGCCUUUUGGAAAGCUCAAGGCAGUAGAGGGCAAGAAGGAAGGUGACUUCCGUGGCCUGCACUCCAGACUUCUAGCAAAUGCUGAGGAAAUUUCGUUCUAUGGGGGAGCUGAUAUUGAGCGUGUCUUCUUGGUCAGAAGCUUCAAGGACUUGCAGCGAUGGAUGGAGGGAAUUUACAGUCUCAAGAUUCGCUACAACAUGCUGGAAGACAUGAUCCUCAAGUACUCAUGGUCUGCGUUUGGUUACCUGGUGACUUCCUUACCCGUUUUCCUCCCGGCCUGGGGUGGUACUGGAGGUGCAACGGAGCUAGCCGAUGCACCGGAAGGCGUCGGCCGCGAGCGUGGCCGCAUGAAGGACUUCAUCACCAACAAGCGUCUUAUGCUUUCCCUGGCCGACGCCGGAGGCCGCAUGAUGUACAGUAUCAAGGACAUCUCAGAGCUGGCCGGCUACACAUCCCGUGUCUACGGCCUCAUCGCCACCCUACACAGAGUCCACGCCGACGCUUACUACACACCACGCGGCUCGCACCCUGAACUAUAUUCCCUUGCCGAUUCACAAGGCACAACCCACAACGGCUUCGAUGGGGUCCGCCUAGAGCAGGUCCCAAUCGUCGCACCCUCCCUCUACCCAAUGGGCGGCGAUGAACUAAUCGAGUCCCUCUCCUUCAUCGUCCACUCAGGCGACCACCUCCUAAUCUCCGGCCCGAACGGCGUCGGUAAAUCCGCUAUCCCACGCAUCGUAGCAGGCCUAUGGCCCGUGUACCGCGGGCUAGUCAGCCGCCCCCGAGGGUUCGGCCUAGACGGCAUAAUGUUCCUCCCUCAACGACCAUACCUCAGCGUCGGCACACUACGCGACCAAGUAAUCUACCCGCACACCGAGAUCGACAUGCGCGAAGCAGGCGAGUCGGACGCAGCACUACAGAAGAUCCUCGACGACGCCCAUCUGGGCUACCUACCACAACGCGAAGGCGGCUGGGAUGCGCGCAAAGAAUGGAAAGACGUGCUCAGCGGCGGAGAAAAGCAGCGCAUGGGCAUGGCCCGGCUCUUUUACCACGAGCCACGAUAUGCAUUCAUGGAUGAGGGUACGUCAGCCGUUUCCUCUGAUGUCGAGGGCUUGCUAUACGAGCGAGCGAAGGAGCGCGGUAUUACACUGAUCACCAUCUCGACGCGGGCGUCGUUGAAGAAGUAUCAUACUUACAACUUAACUCUUGGGCUCGGUGGUGAAGGGGAGGCCUGGGAGUUUGAGAGGAUUGGGACGGAGAAGGAGAAGUUGGGUGUUGAGAAAGAAUUGCAGGAGCUUCGGAAGCGUUUGGAUAAGGUUGAUGAGUGGAAGCAGCGUCGUGAUGAUAUCAAUAAUGAGCUUCAGAAGGUUUGGUCUAGCGGUGGCGAAGGCGAAAUUGCUGCUCCUCCUUAUCAGGAAGAAGAACAUUCUGGUUAUGAGGAGGUUGUUGAGGGGACUGCCAAUUGA